AUGGCACUUUCUGUCAGCCUGGGCCUUUUUAAAGGCCUCCCGGUUAACGAGGAAGGUCAAGCCGGAAGGAAGAUUGCGAGGUGUCUUUUCGCAUUCAAGGACGAAGCUAACGGGCCGAAAUGGAUCUGUUCCUAUCGCACUCUCAUUGGAGGAGCAAAAGAGUUGGCCUCGGCGCAUACAGUCCCAAAUUACCUGCAACCCUGCGGGGUGCUCACCACGGGCAUUGACAACGAUGAUGAACUCAAAGAUCUACUACCUAGCAGCAUGCUUGGACAGGAAUUGCAUGUGUUCAAGUGGGAUCCCGAGAAAGAGGAUAACCCGUCCCUGCAAGAGGCAGUGCAGUGCUUCGUUAUGACACUACAAAACGGAAAAUGCGAAAUGAAAGAAGUGCCCGCAACCGACAUAACAUGGAUCGAGGAUGACAUGGCGGAAGUCGGUCGCAGGGGUUAUACCCCAAUCGCAACCUCCCUGCUGGCGACCGUACCAUUAAAUACUAGCGGUGACGUAGAACUAAGCCGAGAGUUGCUAGGACCGAAGAAAAUUGAGGUACUGCCGCAGCCACUCCGCAAUGCCGCAACGACGUUCUUAAGGGAGCAACUUGUACAGUUCCUAGAUGUGCAAAACGAAGCGCUCUCCAUGGACUUGACCGAUAUACCCAUCCCUAGAGUAGCAACAAAUGGUUCAGAACCUGGUUACGCGCACCUGACGUUCGGCGCCACGAAAGAGUACAAGAAACACGCUCUCAUAUACACCGUUCCACGGGAAGAAGAGGCAGAAGACGAGUCCAUCGCAGACCUGCAAGUAGUGCUACAAACUACGUGCGUAGCACCGACGGAGAUAGUAGGAGAUGAACCCACAGAGGAGCUCGCUGAGGUCACUCUGCAGGCGCUUCGCCACGUGGCCACCCUUUCAUUCGGCUCUGAAAGUCUGCUCAAUCAGGCAACUGUAUACAUAAAUUCGGAAGAGAGGAGUAUUGUAAAAGAUGCAGAACAGGAUGUAACUGUUAGCAAGUCUCCGUCAAAGGGUAAAGGUAAUGCCAAGGGGGGCAAGGGCAAGUCUGCAAGCAGUCGCAGUAAAAAACCUGCGGCUCCUAAGCCUGUAAAAACUCAGGAGUCGUCGGUGGUAGCACUGGUGAAAAGUGAAGUGCCUGUAGAAAUCUCCAUAGGGGACUUUACCCGUAACGUAUACCUGACGGUGAACUUGGACAAGGUGUCUGGUAAGAUCAACGUAGGCGUAAGCAACGCAGCGGACAAUGCUAAAACUGACGAAAUCGAAAAGGUGAAAAUCAGCAUAAUCUCUAAGGCAUUUGUGCCAAGCGAGGACAUGCAUGAGCCCGUGUUUCCGUUUGGAAGCGCGACAUUCAACCUGCUGGGACUUAUGCAGAACGCGGAUGGAGCGGUGGCCGAAUGCGUCACGGACACAAAUCCAGCGUCACACCUUAAACUGCUUUUUAGCUCGAAGGAGCUCUGCGACCGUAAUGUGCUGAUAUCGCCGCACCUGGACUGCGCCAUGUUCCCGCAGUGGAUAAGCAAUAAAACUUCAAAAGCGUCACUAGUCAAGGGCCUGUACCAGUACUACCACUACUUGCAGGGUGGCAAAAACGACAGCGGAUGGGGAUGCUGCUACCGCUCAAUUCAAAUGGUGGCCAGCUGGUACCUCUUGCAGUACCACACCAUAAGGCCUGUGCCGACGCAUGACGAGAUUCAGAAGUACCUGCAGGAAAAGGACCCGUCGCACGUGGGAAUGGUCGUUGGCAGCGCCACGUGGAUCGGAACCGUCGAGGCAGGGUACUUCAUCAACUGGUACCUGAAGUACGACGCCAAGACCUUCUACCUCAGCGAUGUGAACGACUUCCGAAACUACAACUCUGUUAUCGCAAACCACUUCCAGAAGGUGGGCUCCCCUAUCAUCAUGGGAGCAGGGAUGUUCGCCUAUGUUAUUCUAGGAAUUUGUAUGGGCGCGCAAACAGGCGAUGUCGCAUACCUCAUUGCCGACCCGCAUUAUGUAGGAGAAGAUUCGAUUAAGUCGAUCAAAACAAAGGGUGCGAUGGCCUGGAAGAAAAUCGACUUCAUCUCCAAGGCGGCCAACGGCAGCUUCAUUAACCUGUGCUGCCCCCAACUGGACAGAUACGACGAUUAA